GCCGCCGCUGCCGGACGCGCAGAGCGAGGGGCUGCUGGGCCGACGGCUGCCCGCCGAGCGAGCGAGCGAGCGAGCGAGCGCGGGGUCGCAGCGCAGGGGGCGUUCCCGGCCAGGACGCGGGUCGCGGCGUUGCCCUUGGCGAGCGUCCGGAUCGCAGGGAAGGAGCCCCAAGUGCCCUCCAGUCGGUUGAGGCCAGCCAAGCUGUGGGAAUCUCUGGUUGCACUCCUGUGCAGGGCUGAGACCCUUAAAGGGGAGACACAGCGAGCAGUGUAUCCUGGGGUGCUCCAAGUCACCCAGCUACGGACGGGAGAGCGUCGUCUUGGCCGGCUGUCUGUGCCCAGACCCCAGAGUACCCCUCACCACCAUGACUGGGCUGCUGAAGAGGAAGUUUGACCAGCUGGAUGAGGACUCCUCCUCACUCUGCUCGUCCUCCUCCUCUUUGUCCUCCUCGGGCCGCCACUCUCCCUCCUGCUCCCCGAGCUCUUCGGCCUCCUCAUCUUGGGACUCGGAUGAGGAGGGCCCCUGGGAUCAGAUGCCCUUGCCUGACCGUGACUUCUGUGGCCCCCGAAGUUUCACCCCCCUGUCCAUCCUGAAGCGGGUCCCCCGGAAGCGCCCAGGCCGGGUAGCCUUCGAUGGCAUCACUGUCUUCUACUUCCCUCGGUGCCAGGGCUUCACCAGUGUGCCCAGCCGUGGCGGCUGCACUCUGGGUAUGUCCUCCCGCCACAGUGCCUACCGCCGCUUCUCCCUGGCCGAGUUUACGCAGGAGCAAGCCCGGUCACGGCAAGAGAAGCUGCGCCUGCGCUUGAAGGAGGAGAAGCUGGAGGCGCUGAGAUGGAAGCUUUCGGAGGCCGGGAUACCCAAGACCGAGGCUGGCCUGCCGCUUACAGUGGACACCAUAGAUGAUGCCUCUGUGGAGGAGGAUUUGGCAGUGGCCAUGGCAGGUGGCCAGUUGGAGGAAAUGACCUUCCUCCAGCCCUACCCAGCCCGGAAGCGGCGGGCUCUACUGCGGGCCUCAGGCGUGCGGAGGAUCGAUCGCGAGGAGAAGCGAGAGCUGCAGGCCCUGCGCCAGUCCCGGGAGGACUGUGGCUGUCGCUGUGACAGGGUCUGUGAUCCUGAGACCUGCAGCUGUAGCCUGGCAGGCAUCAAGUGCCAGAUGGACCACACAGCGUUCCCCUGUGGCUGCUGCAGAGAGGGCUGUGAGAACCCUAAGGGCCGUGUGGAAUUUAAUCAGGCGCGAGUUCAGACCCAUUUCAUCCACACGCUCACCCGCCUGCAGCUGGAGCAAGGGGCUGAGAGCCUUGGGGAGCUGGAGGCCCCGGCCCAGGGUGCCACAUUCAGCCCCAGCGAGCAGGUCCUGGCCCCCACGUUCCCGCUGGCCAAGCCCCCCGUGAGCAGCGAGCUGGGAGACAACAGCUGCAGCAGCGACAUGACCGAUUCGUCCACAGCAUCGAGCAGCAGUGAGGCCCCCAGUGGCUCUGCCCACCCGGCCCUGCCCGGCCCUGGCUUCCAGCCCGGAGUGGACGAUGACAACCUGGCUCGGAUCCUGAGCUUCAGUGACUCUGACCUGGGUGGAGACGGGGAGGAGGAGGAGGAAGGGGGUGUGGGCAGCCUGGACAACCUCAGCUGCUUCCACCCAGCUGACAUCUUUGGUACUGGUGACCCCACUGGCCUGGCCAGCUGGACCCACAGCUAUUCCAGCUCCAACCUCGUGUCAGGCAUCCUGGAUGAAAACGCCAACCUGGAUGCCAGCUGCUUCCUCAAUAGUGGCCUUGAAAGCUUGGGGGAAGGCAGCCUCCCCGGCCCCCCGGUGCCAGCCAUCAUGGAUGCCGGCCAGAGCAGCUCAGUGGACCUGAGCUUGUCCUCCUGUGACUCCUUCAAGCUGCUCCAGGCCCUGCCAGACUACAGUCUGGGGCCCCACUACACCUCCCAAAAGGUGUCUGAUAGCCUGGACAACCUCGAGGCACCCCACUUUGCCCUGCCUGCCUUUUCUCCCCCUGGGGAUGCCAGCACGUGCUUCCUGGAGUCCAUCAUGGGCUUGUCUGAGCCAGCUGCUGAGGCCCUGGCUCCCUUCAUGGAUGGCCAGUUGUUUGAGGACACUGCCCCAGCGUCGCUGGUGGAGCCUGUGUCUGUGUGAGGGUUAGGGUGCCUUUUCCCGGCCCCAAGAGCCCUGUUGCUGCUUCGUUGUAACUGGGGGCUCCCUGAGGUCUGUCUGUAUGUAACGGUCUCCCAUUGGCUGGCUCCCAUGUGGGCACUCCUAAUUUUCAUGCAACACUCUGGAUUGAUUUAUUUAUUUUUGUAACCUUCUGUGCUGAAGCGGGAUGGGGGGGCACUUCCCCUUUCAGCCGCCUGGUCCCCCAUAUGCCCACACCCUCUCUUCCACUUCCAUGGCCGUGCCAGGAGCAGGAAGAAAUGUGGUUCCCCUGGAGCUUUGCAGACUCCUUUUUGGUCUUGUAUGAUGUUCCUAAGCCCAAAGACAGCCACACAGGGCUGAAAUCAGCCACUUCUUAAGGCUUCUUCUGCCACCCUGAGCCCUAGACUCAUGGGUGGCUGAAUCCUCUGGACUGUGAAGACUAUAAUUUAUUUCCAUAAUUUAUUUGGAGACUAGGUGGCUGGCAGGCAAUACUAGGGUCGGGGUGGGGCACAGACCCCUGUGAGUCCCGUUGCCUUUUAGUCCUGUAUCCCUGCCCUUGCCGGGACUUUGGUGUAGACCAGGCAUGGAUUUGAGCCCUCUGUCUAAUGUGGCAGCUGCCCUGCUCCGGCUGGCUGAGCAAGCCGGGGCUGGCCUGGGACAGCAUCUGGGCAGGGGGCGGGGCUGGGCUGACCAACCGUGACCAAAACCCUCUUCUGCCCCAUGCAGCCCCCUCUCCUUCCUGUCCUCUGCCCCAUCUUCCCCCUCCCCAAAGGCUGCAGCUUUUAUUCCAAGCCCUUCAAUGUAGGAGGGGGAAGCAGGAGGCCCAGAGAGGGCAAGGGGCUGCCCCAUGGCCUGUAGCACGCCCCUGACCACUCAGGGCUUUCCAGGCACGCACUCCAGCCUGGUCCACCUGCCCGUACCCUAAGGCCGGUUGGCCAGGGGCGAGGGGUGGCUCCUUAUGGCUUUCAUGCCCUUUGUUUGCAGAUGUUGAAUUUCGCAUCAUAGUUUCCAUAUUGUCCCUGAGUAUUAGAACUGUAAUUUAUUCAUUUUUCUGUGUCUGUGCCAAGAAGCCCAGGCUCUAGGCCUGCCCUCUUGCCUAGGAGGCCUUGCCAUCCUGCGAGCUUGUGGGAACACCUUGUACCUGAGCUUACAGGUACCAAUAAAGAGGCUCUAUUUUUCA